AUGGGCUAUUUCGCUCUCAAUACCGCCGCCACUUCGAAGAAGUCAACUCUUGGUGGAGGCCUGAAAGGGUGGAAGCCGAUCACUCCUCCUCCAACUCCACCCUCGGCUUCUCCAACCAGCACCCCUCCCAGGUCUCCACUCCCCUGGCGACGCUACUCUUCAUCACCAUCUUCAGGUGAAUCCCAGGCUCCCUGGGCACAAAGCAGAAACUGGCGGACCGGCGCUCCGCUACAGCCCAGUAAGGUAACGUCGUUACCAAAGUACGAUGACAACCUGCCCGGUAACGUCGUAUUCCUGCCUGUCCAGUUGCCUCCCUCCGGCUCUAUUAUUUAUGAGAAGUUGGGUGGCGACGAGAACGAGAACCCAUGGGGUCACCCAGCGGUGAUUACCGGCAUGUUUUUGGACGACGACGGCAAGGAGUGCGUGUACAUUCGGCUAUGCACCAGUUUUGGUAGCCAGAGAGUUGAGGAUCACAGGAAGCCCGAGCAUUGGAAGUUCUUUGUUCUUGCCGACAACAUGGAGGACAUAAGGCCACAUCCUCAUACUCGGCUUGCAACGCUCGAACCCGGCUCCGGCAAGUUUCCUAAGCGUACCUAUGUCAAUAUCGGGCGUAACGCAGAGUACUCUAUCGAGUUCGCGCACCUCGAGAAGUGGGGUCAGACGCCGGUGAAGUUUGAUGCUGAGUCUACUCAGUUGAUCGCCAAAAAUAGACCCUAUUGA